UAUAAAAACUGGAGUAACUCGGGAAGACGAGGGGUCGAUCCCGACGGAAGGAGCCGCUCUACUAUAAUAGAACGAAAAAACGCAAGGGCUCCAAACGGCCAGACCACAUACAUCGGCCAAGGGCAGGGGCAGAGAGGAGAGAGCUUAGGCAAUGGAGCUCCGGGCCUCGUCGUCGCUCCUGCCCUGCAUCCUGCUGCUCUCGCUCUUUUCAUCAGUGGGCACAGUGUCGGCGCAGCAAAAGUUCGGCAUAAACUACGGGCAGAUCGCAAACAACCUGCCGGACCCGACGCAGGUGGCGAGCCUGCUCCGGUCGAUGAACGUGAACAAGGUGAAGCUGUACGACGCGGACCCCAAGGUGCUGACGGCGUUCGCCAACACGGGCGUGGAGUUCAUCAUCUCCGUGGGCAACGAGAACCUGCAGACCAUGGCCAGCAGCCCCGGCGCGGCGCGGCAGUGGGUGGCGCAGCACGUGCAGCCCUUCAUCCCGGCCACCCGCAUCACCGGCAUCAUCGUCGGCAACGAGGUGCUGGGCAACAACGACACGGCCAUGGCGGCCAGCCUCGUGCCCGCCAUGCAGGCCGUCUACGACGCGCUGGCCGCGCUCGGGGUGGGCGGCGGCCAGGUGACGGUCUCGUCGGCGCACUCGGUGAACGUGCUCGCCACCAGCUUCCCGCCGUCGUCCGGCGCGUUCCAGGAGGGCGUGGCGCAGUACGUGAAGCCGCUGCUCGACUUCCACAGCAAGACGGGCUCCCCGUUCCUCAUCAACGCCUACCCCUUCUUCGCCUACAAGGGGAGCCCCGGCAGCGUGUCGCUGCCGUACGUGCUGUUCCAGCCCAACGCCGGCGUGCGCGACGGCGGCCUGGUGUACGACAACAUGCUGUACGCGCAGAUCGACGCGGUGUACGCGGCCAUGAAGGCCAUGGGGCACGCCGACAUCGGCGUGCGGGUGUCGGAGACGGGGUGGCCCUCCAAGGGGGACGAGGACGAGGUGGGCGCCACCGCGCAGAACGCGGCGGCGUACAACGGCAACCUCAUGCAGCGGAUCGCCAUGAGCCAGGGCACGCCGCUCAAGCCCAGCGUGCCCAUCGACGUGUUCGUCUUCGCGCUCUUCAACGAGAACAUGAAGCCCGGCCCGGCGUCCGAGAGAAACUACGGCCUCUUCUACCCCAACGGCUCGCCGGUGUACGCCAUCAACGCCGGCACCGCCGGGGCCAACCCCGGCUUCGGCGGCUCCGGCGGGGGCUCGUCGGUGGGGCGGUUCGACCCGUACUCGUCGCAGUCCAUGUUCUCGUCCGCGUCAAGACUGGCGGCCUCGGUAAGAAGAAGAUUAUCUUCUUUGGCGCUACUGCUGGUAUUGCCCAUGGUGUCAGCAUUGUUGGCGAGCUAAAUCAAAUUAAAUUAAACUAAGCUAGCGAUUCAUCAUCAUCAUUCGUUGUACACCGGAAGCCUGUAAAUCAAUUAUGGGGCAGGGUGAGAUUCGGAAAUUUGGCGCGACGGCGAUGCCCGUCCCUGAAAGUUUUUCCUUUCCCUUCUCUUAUUAUUCCCGUCCCAAUGAUCUCGAGAGGAAAGGGACGGCGAUGGACGGAUGGACGGGCGGGCAUCGUAGAAAGCGCGGAAAAUUCCUAGAGUGUUUGACUGGAGAAACAUAGUGGCACUUAUUAGGCGGGAAAGGAAGGAAGAAAGAAAGAAAUCGUGUCA